AUGGCAUUAUCGCACCAGUGGUUCAUACAGUGGUCUUCGCCUUCUUUAGUGUUCACUGAUAUCAACGCACAGUAUAAAAAUGUUAAUCAAUAUUUGUACAAUCGCGAUGUACAUACGCAAAAUGUUAUACCGAAAUAUUAUCGGAACAGUGAGUAUUACAAGAAUUACGACUACCAGAGGAAUGAUUAUCAAAAUGUAUUGAAGAAGAACAGAAGACAAGAGAAAAGUCGCUACAGUGGCGUAACUCUAUGGCUUGCUAUGCUAGGAUUGGCAAGCACACAGUCUAUCCCUGCAGAUUUGGAAACUCCACCAUUCAGCACUCUAUACAAAUGGAAAUAUAUGGAUUUCGAAUUUCCAUCAGAAUCCCAUAGACAAGAUGCGAUAAUUUCACGAAAAUAUGUGCCUGAAAACGUACUACCACUGGGUUUGGAAAUCUGGGGUUCCCGCGUAUGGGUGACGCUGCCUAAUUGGAAGGAAGGUGUCCCGGCCACAUUGGCGACGGUCUCUCGAACGGGGGGCAUAGCCUCCCCCCUUCUUGUGCCAUAUCCUGAUUGGAGUUAUCAUAGAGCUUACAAUGAACCAAACAAAUGCUUAGGAAUGACAUCAGUGUUUCGGGUGAACAUUGACCAAUGUGGAAGAUUAUGGGUUCUGGAUUCGGGACAAAUAGACUCAACGGACAGCCCCAAGCAAAUCUGCCCACCAAGUAUAAUGGUGUUCGAUCUACGUACGGACGCUUUAAUAGCACGCCAUUACAUACCUAAAAAGUAUGUGCUACAAGAUUCCUUAUUCUCUAACAUAAUAGUCGAUUCAAGCGCGUCAGAUUGUUCAGAUCUGUACGCCUACAUAAGUGACACAUGGAGAUUCGGUCUUCUAGUAUUCCGGGACAGUGAUAAAGAAUUCUGGCGAUUUUCCCACCACCUCUUUUAUCCCGAUCCAUUAGCAUCUAACUUCACCCUCCAUGGCCUCAACUUUCAGUGGUCUGACGGCAUAUUUGGUCUAGCACUGACACCAUCAGACUAUUAUAACAACGAGAGGAUAUUAUUUUUCCACUCUAUGUCCAGUUAUAGAGAAUUUUAUGUGAGGACGUCGGUCCUUCGUGAUCCAUUCCGUGUAAACAAUAGUGCUACAGAGUUUAAUUUGGUGGGGGAGAGUAGAGGGUUAUCUGGACAAUCUUCAGCGUCAGCAAUAGACAGGCGUGGUGUGAUGUUUUAUGGAUUAGUAACACGAGACACUGUAGGAUGCUGGGACACUAAGAAGCCAUACCAAAUGAGUACUACUGGUGUAAUAGCAAUGAACGCGGAGACACUGGUAUUUCCCAAUGAUGUGAAAAUUGAUCAGGAGGAACGUCAGAACGUAUGGGUUAUAUCGAAUAAGUUACCGAUGUUUCAGAACGCCCCAUUGGAUUUGGAUAAUUAUAACUAUAGAAUCUUGUACGCGGAUGCGAUCGAUGCUGUUCGAGGGACAAUCUGCGACCCUAACCUUACCACAGGUCAGGGCUUACACUCAAGGCCAUUGUUGUAA